CGCCUCCUUCAUGGACGCAUGCUUCCACUCCUCGAGACCUCUUCUCUUCACUGGCGCUGCCGAUGGAGAACUUCGAGUUUGGGAUACGGUGCAGCAUCGAACACUGUCCUCGACUUGGGCUCAUGGUGGAGCUUCUGGCGUGUAUUCUGUUGCUACCAAUUCUUCUACUGGGGACAGAGUUGUCAGAUUUGACCUUUGCUGCUCUGGAUGUAUUUCGCAAUACUUCUGGUUAUGUUCAACAGAGCAGCUCUGUCUUCAUACAGUUUCCCUUGUGCUAAUGUUAUUACUCUCUUACAGGUAUGCUAUUUUCUCUCUGUGAUGCCUGCUUUGUCUGAUAUAUGCUAUUAAUGUAUCUUAUUUUUGUUCAGUUAUUUCCAACUUUUGAAAUAAUUGUUUUUCUCAUGAGAUGUAGACUGCAAUAUUUAAGCACUUCUUGAUUCUUAUGUAACUUCUAUUUUAGAUGAAACCAUAAAAUAUACUAUUGACUUCUCAAUUUUAAUAAUUUAUUGAUUUUGAGCCUUUUAUUUCUGGAUAUACAAUUCUCGAAAGAUAAGGGGAGGAUUUCGAGAUAACUGAAUUCAGAGUUUUUACUUCUUGAAGAGAAAGGGAGUACACUUGCUAACUUUCAUGUUCUCCCAUGGUGAUAUAAC